AUGGGCUACGCAAUCGGCCUCGAAGGCAGCGCCAACAAGCUCGGCGUGGGCAUCAUCUCUCACCCCUCCCCCACCACCCCCGCUCUCAUCCUCUCCAACCUCCGGCACACCUACGUCUCCCCCCCCGGCUCCGGCUUCCUCCCCAAAGACACCGCCCUCCACCACCGCUCCCACGUCGUGUCACUCGUCAAACGUGCCCUCGCCGAAUCGGGCCUCAAGCCCGCAGACAUCGACUGCAUAUGCUACACCAAAGGCCCCGGCAUGGGCGCCCCCCUGCAAUCCGUCGCCAUCGCGGCGCGCAUGCUGGCGCUUCUGUGGAAUAAGCCGAUUGUGGGAGUUAAUCACUGUGUUGGGCAUAUCGAGAUGGGGCGCGAGAUUACGGGGGCGCAGAAUCCGGUCGUGUUGUAUGUUAGUGGGGGGAACACGCAGGUUAUUGCUUAUGCGGAGCAAAGGUAUCGGAUUUUUGGGGAGGCGCUCGAUAUUGCGGUUGGCAACUGUCUAGACCGGUUCGCGCGGACGCUGGAGAUCAGUAAUGACCCUGCGCCGGGGUAUAAUAUCGAGCAGCUCGCGAAGAAGGGGAGUGUGUUGGUGGACCUGCCGUAUGCGGUUAAAGGGAUGGAUUGCUCGUUUUCGGGAAUCUUAGCUAGUAUCGAUAUCCUCGCCGCGAAUCUGCUGACCAAUCCCGACACGAGGGAUGAGGCUACGGGGAAGGUUAUUACGACGGCGGAUUUGUGCUUCAGUCUCCAGGAAACGGUGUAUGCGAUGUUGGUGGAGAUUACGGAGAGGGCGAUGGCGCAUGUGGGCAGUAGUCAGGUGUUGAUUGUGGGAGGGGUGGGGUGCAAUGAGAGACUGCAGGAGAUGAUGGGGUUGAUGGCGAGGGAUAGGGGGGGGAGUGUGUUUGCAACUGAUGAGCGGUUUUGCAUUGAUAAUGGCAUUAUGAUUGCCCAUGCUGGGCUACUGGCGUACGAGACGGGCUUUGCCACGCCGCUGGAGGAGAGCACGUGUACGCAGCGGUUUAGGACAGAUGAGGUGUUUGUUAAAUGGAGAGAUUGA